AUGCUUUUAAUCGACCAAGGUUGGUCUCUUGUUAUAACUGCUAUAAUUGGAAGACAUCUGAAUGAAAGUACAGUCUGCAUCUUUUUAAAUGAGAAAUUUGUGAUCCAACUCCAACAAAUUGAACAAUAUACAAGUUUAGUAUUAAUAAAUAUAAAAUCAUUAAGCGAAGCAUUUGAUCGGGAUGUGGUGAAUGCAGGAUUAAAGGAGGAUAACUUGCAAGACGAAAAUGGUAAUGAGCUUCUGCUUAAAAUUACAAUAUCCAUUGAGGUUACACACUGUCAGGCAUUUGUUGUAUUUGGUCCUGAUAUUAUCCGUUUUGUGGAUGCUUUUACCAAGGCUUCAAUGUAUUCAAUAUGGCGAUCCUUAUAUAACAAAUUCGUUUUCGCAUAUAAUGCAAACGAGUUCAAAGAAGAGCUGAGCAAAAGAACGUUUUUCGAGGACCAAGCAAACCUUCUUUUUGUUGUACGAGACUAUGCAACCGGUACUGUUUUCGACAUUAAGACCAACAAAUAUGUGGGACCCAGAGCAGAAAAUCCAGCGCAGCUAAGACUUCUUGAUAGAUACUAUGUCUCCGAACAAAGAUUUCAGGAUGGAAAAUCUCUUUUCCCGGACAAACUUCAGGAUUUGAAGGGACGCGAAGUCACAAUUGCUGGGUUCAACUACCCUCCAUACACCGUUAUUAAACAAAGCACUAACGCCAAUGCUCGCGAUAUAAAUGUACCAGAGGAUUCAGAUCUCAGGAAUGUCUAUAUCGAUGGUACUGAAACUCGCAUUGUCUUAACUUUCUGUGAACGAUAUAACUGCAGAGUUCAAAUCGACACAUCUGACGCCAACGACUGGGGUACCAUUUAUCCAAAUAUCUCUGGGGAUGGUGCACUAGGUAUGAUCAUUAAAAACAAAGCAGAUGUCUGCAUUGGAGCUAUGUACUCGUGGUUCGAGGACUACAGAUACCUAGAUCUCUCCAUGUACCUCGUACGAUCCGGCAUAACAUGCCUAGUUCCUAUACCGAUGCGACUAGCUGGUUGGUAUAUCCCACUGGAACCUUUUCAAGCAACUCUUUGGUCUGCGGUGUUUUUAUGUUUAUGUAUAGAAACAGUGGGUUUGAUUCUAGCAUAUAGGAGCGAGCAGCAACUGUACUUGACACCAAGCGAACGCGUUGGAUGGUGGAACUGUGCGAAAUUCGGAAUGUCAACUACCUAUAAACUUUUAAUAUCACAAUCUGGAAAUAGCAAAGCACAUUCAAUUACAGUCCGUGUGCUCCUUUUUGCUUGUUUUCUUAACGACUUAAUUAUUACCAGCAUAUAUGGGGGCGGCCUUGCCAGUAUAUUAACCAUUCCCAGCUUGGACGAAGCGGCUGACACUGUGCAACGUUUACGCUCUCACCAAUUACAAUGGGCCGCCAAUUCUGAGGCAUGGGUGUCAGCCAUACGUGGUUCUGAUGACCCUUUAGUCCAUGACUUGUUAAACAAUUUUCACAUCUAUGGGGAUGAAGAGCUUCUUCGAUUUGCAGAGGAUCAGCGAGUGAGCAUUGGCUUUGCUGUUGAACGUCUGCCCUUCGGUCACUUUGCCAUCGGGGACUACUUGGGCCCACAAGCAAUUGAUCAGCUAAUUAUUAUGAGGGAUGAUCUUUAUUAUCAGUACACAGUAGCUUUUGUGCCGAGACUUUGGCCACUCCUAGGACAGUUCAACUCACUAAUUUACAAUUGGCACUCGUCCGGAUUCGACAAAUACUGGGAAUAUCGUGUCGUAGCCGGUAACUUAAACUUAAAAAUACAACAACAAGUCGAGAGCACUAUGUCCGGUAGUCAAGAGGACAUUGGUCCAGUCACCCUAGGAAUGUCUAACUUUGCUGGAAUUAUUCUUGUUUGGCUAUUGGGUUCUAUUAUAGGCACGUUCACUUUCCUGGCCGAGGUGCUUUUAACAAAUUUUCUAAAAUUUAAUUUAAGUUCUUCUUUAUUGGAAAGAUUUAGUUAUAUCUGA